AGAAACCAACGGUGAUGAUAAACCUAGCCAUUUCUCAAUCUCUCAAUCUCAGUCGUCGUCUGCUACCCGUUUCUCCACCCUUCGAUCUUCGUCUAGCGUGCUAUAAGACGAUUUCCGCGAAUCCCAUUGCAUCUGGUUUUUUGAGCGUAUGGCGGACGGACAGUCGUCGCAGGGAGCCCUCGGGAGUCCGGCCGGCGGAAGCCCUGACAGCGGAGGCGAUCAGAGCCCCCGCUCCAGUGUGCGUGAACAGGACAGGUUUUUGCCGAUCGCGAAUAUUAGCCGGAUCAUGAAGAAGGCGCUUCCUGCGAAUGGGAAAAUUGCCAAGGAUGCGAAGGAAACUGUGCAGGAAUGUGUUUCGGAGUUUAUCAGCUUCAUUACGAGCGAGGCAAGUGAUAAGUGCCAGAGAGAGAAAAGAAAGACCAUCAAUGGGGAUGAUUUACUUUGGGCCAUGGCAACUUUAGGCUUUGAAGAGUAUAUUGAUCCCCUUAAGGUGUACCUGGCUAGGUACAGAGAGGUAAGUGUGCUUAUUUUGAUUUUCUUGUUUAUUUUUUAUUUUUUACUGCCUUCUAUGUUAGAGAAAUUGCUUUGUGUUACACUGAUGCGACUGAUAAGUGAUUUUGGUGUCCUGAUUUACCUGGAAUGCUCUUCCUAUGGCAGAUGGAGGGUGAUACCAAGGGAUCAGCCAAGGGUGCAGAUGGAUCUGCGGCCAAGGAUGGUGGUGGUCAUGGUACACAACAAUCAGUUCCUGGUCCUCAGCUUGUUCACCAGGGUUCUUAUCCUCAAGGCAUGAAUUAUGGCAACACUCAGCAGCAAAAUCAACAACACAUGAUGGUUCAAAUGCCGGGCAUGGAUUAGAAUGGACAAUGGAGAACAAGAUCCGCUGCUGAAGAAGAAGAUCCAUGGUGCCCUUGUUUGUGCUGCUGUACUCUACCCUACCCUACUCUACUCUACCCUACCCUACUCUACUCUACUCUACUCUACCCUACCCUACUCUACCCUACAUACUAUGUUUUCAUGUGUCUUGUCGUGUGGUGUCAUGUGGUGCCAUAGCUAUACUCUUGUCGUAAGUGUAAGUUUGUAAAUUCUGGAGUUGCUCUUCAGGGGAAAUAACGGAUGGUACCUUAUUAUGGUUUGCAGAA